CGAACUCAGGUUCUCCUGACUCCAGGUCCAGUGCUUUCCCACUACUACUCAGCCUCUAAAAGGAGUUAAACAGACAAUCUGCUUCAUCUUGAUUCUGCAGCAUUCCAGGAUAGUGGUGUCCUUGGGGCUCUUUCUUAACAUUGAUAUGGUACAGAAGAUUUAAAAUCAGCUGAUGUUCACAAGGAAUAGAGUCACGUGAUGUAUGAAGGGAAACACAUACACUUCUCUGAGGUUGACAAUAAGCCCUUGUGCUCAUAUAGCCCCAAACUGUGCAAGCAGCGGCGGCUCAACGGCUACGCAUUCUGUAUCAGACACGUUCUGGAGGACAAGACUGCCCCCUUCAAGCAAUGUGAAUAUGUGGCCAAGUAUAACAGCCAACGCUGCACCAACCCCAUCCCCAAAUCUGAGGAUCGCAGGUACUGCAACAGCCAUUUGCAGGUACUUGGCUUUAUACCGAAAAAAGAGAGGAAGAAAAAGAAUGAUUCAAUAGAGGAGGUGAAGGCCAGGCACCAAAUGGAUACCAUGGCCUUCAGCCUGACGGUGCCCACACUGGCCUUGAAGAUGCCCAAUGGACUUGAUGGAAUGUCCCUGUCACCACCAGGGGCAAGGGUCCCUCUCCACUAUCUGGAGACAGAGUUGGAAGAUCCAUUUGCUUUCAAUGAGGAAGUUGAUGACCUAAAGAAAGGGGCAACUGUGAGGAAGAAGUUGCAGAGUAAGUUGGCCCAGAAUCGGCAACGUCAGAGAGAGACAGAGAUUUUAAAAGUCCGCCAAGAGCACUUUAGCCCCCCUCCUGCACCUUUGCAGCAGCAGCCUCUGCAGCAGCACUCCCAUCUGCCACCUUUAUCUACUUCUUUAAAGCCUCCAGGGCUGCCGCAGGGUUUAGUCUGCAAGUCCCCUCCACCUCAGAACACCAGCCUACCAAUGCAGGGAGUGGCACCCACCACACACACUAUAGCACAAGCAAGGCAGUUGUCCCAGAAGAGACCUCUGCCUCUCCUGCCAUCCGGUAGGGCUCCUGCUGUGGACCCACCCAGGACUGACCGGGUCCUCAUGAAAGCCACAGCCUUCUCUCCACACUCAGCUUGCAUGAGUCGGCUGCAGAGACUGGUGAAACUGUGCACUCGAAGGCAGCAGCUGGACACUGAUCUGUUUCCACAUUUAGGGCUGGACUGGUCUGAAGACAGUGGAGAAGAAUUGGAAGAAUCAGAGCAAGCCUCACCAUACCAGGUUGCAUGGUCCAUCCGAGAAACCCUCAGAUAUGAGAGACAAGAGUCAGAUGAUGAUGAUACAGAUAGCAGGAGCUCCAGGGUGACCCAACUUUGCACUUACUUUCAGCAGAAAUAUAAGCACCUCUGCCGCCUGGAGCGGGCAGAAUCUCGUCAAAAGAAAUGCCGGCAUACAUUUCGGAAAGCCUUGCUGCAGGCGGCCAGUAGAGAACCAGAAUGUGCUGGGCAAUUGAUACAAGAACUCCGAAAAGCUGCAUGCACUCGAACCAGCACAAAUCGGGCUCAGUUGAGGGAGGUGGAACCAGCACCAUGUAGUGGAAUGGUGAAGGGGGAACCAUGCACUAAUAAAGCCCUUCCAUUCACCAGUCAUUGUUUUCAGCAUAUCCUCUUGAACCGCUCUCAGCAGCUCUUCUCAAGUUGCACAGCUAAAUUUGCAGAUGGACAGCAGUGUUGUGUGCCAGUUUUUGACAUUACGCACCAGACACCUCUGUGUGAAGAACAUGCCAAAAAAAUGGAUAAUUUUUUGAGAGGAGAUAGCUCCCGUAAAGUUCAGCACCAGCAGCAGAGGAAACCCAGGAAAAAAACAAAGCCACCUGCACUUACCAAAAAACAUAAGAAGAAAAGAAGGCGUGGACCACGUCGGCCGCAGAAACCCAUUCCCCCUGCAGUGCCCCAAGGAAACCUCAGCAUGCCCACCAGCGUCUCACUGCCAGUGGAAAUCUCCCAGAUUCGGAGCCCUUCCACACCGGAGCUGAGUACUGACGAGCUGCCUGAUGACAUUGCCAAUGAGAUCACUGACAUUCCACAUGACUUGGAAUUAAAUCAGGAGGACUUUUCAGAUGUCCUGCCACGGCUACCCGAUGACUUACAAGAUUUUGAUUUUUUUGAAGGUAAGAAUGGAGACCUCCUUCCUACCACAGAAGAGGCGGAGGAACUCGAACGGGCUUUGCAGGCUGUCACUUCCCUUGAGUGCCUGAGUACUAUUGGAGUACUUACCCAGUCAGACGGUGUGCCAGUUCAGGAGCUUUCAGAGAGAGGCAUAGGGGUGUUCUCCACAGGUACUGGAGCUUCAGGCAUACAGUCCUUGAGCCGAGAAGUUAACACAGACCUAGGGGAGCUGUUGAAUGGGCGCAUAGUGCACGAUAAUUUCUCUAGUCUAGAGCUGGAUGAGAACUUGCUCCGUUCUGCUACCUUGUCUAACCCACCUACACCCCUGGCAGGGCAGAUCCAGGGGCAAUUCUCUUCCCCAGCCAAUGUUGGCCUUACUUCUGCUACUCUGAUAAGCCAGAGUGCGCUUGGGGAGAGAGCCUUCCCAGGACAGUUUCAUGGACUUCACGAUGGCAGCCAUGCCUCCCAGAGGCCACAUCCUGCCCAGCUGCUGAGCAAGGCAGAUGACCUAAUCACCUCACGACAGCAAUAUAGCAGUGAUCAUUCACACUCCUCGCCCCACGGAAGCCAUUAUGACAGCGAGCAUGUGCCGUCUCCCUACAGUGAUCAUAUCACCUCUCCCCAUGCCACAACCUUCUCUGGUGACAACAUGGCAGCUACCUUCUCAGCAGAAAUGCCCAUCAUGGCACAGCACUUGCUCCCAACCCAACUCGAGGUGCCCCUUGGUGGAGUGGUGAACCCCAGAACUCACUGGGGCAAUCUCCCUGUCAAUCUUGGUGAUCCUUCUCCGUUUAGCAACCUUCUUGGUGCAGAUGGACAUCUCCUUUCCACUUCCCUGUCCACACCGCCUACCACCUCGAACUCAGAGACCACACAGCCUGCCUUCGCCACUGUGACCCCAAACAGCUCUAGCGUACUUCCGGGGUUACCACAGACCAGCUUCAGUGGCAUGGGGCCUUCUUCUGCUGACCUGAUGGCCUCCACCUCUCCUAAGCAGCAGCUCCCUCAGUUCAGCGCGGCCUUUGGCCACCAGCUGAGUUCUCACAGUGGCAUUCCGAAGGACCUGCAGCCCAGCCACAGCUCGAUAGCCCCUCCGACAGGCUUCACAGUAACAGGUGCCACUGCUACAAGUACCAAUAAUUCAUCUUCUCCCUUCACUGCCCCUAACUGAGCGGCGUGUCUGUGUGUUUGCAGGCAGGUGGGGACCGUGUGUUUUCUGUCUUUAGUUUCCUCUUUAGGCAUCCCUUUCCGCUUCCCCUUCUUCAGCAUUUUAAA